CGCUCUUACCAGCUUGAUUUCAAAUAUUCAGUUUUAUUGGGCUUUCCCUCUUUUUCUUUUUACAUAUAUGUGCUUUAAACUUAUUGUACUUGAAUCUAUGAUAUUAUUGACCAAAACUAGAAUCUACGAUAUUGUUUGCAUUCAUGAUGAGAUUUGCUACUAUGUCGGAUUGGAGCUUUUUUUUUAAUGGGUUAUGAAUUUGAUUGCUUGAUUGAUUAUUUAUUGGUACAUAAUGAACUGGGUAUUGCUUUCUUGGUUUUCGAUUAUUAGAUUUACGGAAUUUUAUAUCAAUGGCAUCUAAAUUUGUUGUUGAAUCUGAUUGCUAGUGUUUUGUAUUCACACACGCAUAUAUAUUAUAAAUUUAUGUGCUUUUCCUGUUUCGUGUUUGCGGAUACUUGUACUUGACUACAUGGUUUUGUCUCUUAACAUGGUUUUGUUCUCAAUUGAUCAUGAAUGAAAGAAAAAGAAGAUAUUGCAUUUUUCAUUUGGAGUUGAAAUUCUAUACUUAUUGCGUUACUAACAACAUGUAUUUGCCUCUUAUUAACUCACUGGACUUGAACAUAUAAGCAAUUGGUGCAGAAGAAUAAAUUUGGUAAAAAAAGAAUUUGGGCAUGUGAAGAUGAUAGCUGAAUCUAACAUCAGAAGUACCAAGUGUUAUUAUUGGUGUUUUAUUUUGUGGGGAAGUGACAAAUGCUUAAGAUUGUGAGAUGAAGAUUUGUUGUUAUUAUAUAUUUUCCUAAGUUUGCUUGGCACAUGAUUGUAAUUUUUUGUUUGUUUGUUAAAUUUCAAUGGGUGACUGUAAGAUAAGCAAAUAUCUCUUUCUCCCAUUCUCCCUUUCUUCCGUUACCACUCACUUCUUUCAAAUCCCAAAACUGAUAAAACAAUCUUUCUCCCUUUUUAGGGUUUAGGGUUUUUGGCGGUUUCCUUUUUCUUUUCAUUUUUCAAGUGAACCAUUCUUGGUGGGGAAAGCGAAGAAUAUUGCUGUUUUUGGUCUCUUAUAUAAUGCAAUUCCUCCAUAAGUAAAUUAAUCAUGGUUGAGAGCUCGAAGAAGCAGACGAAGGGUUUGAUCAGCGAAGAAGAGAUUGCCACUCUCUUACAUAGGUAUUCGGCAACAACGGUGUUGACAUUACUUCAUGAAGUAUCAAACUGUUCAGGUUUUAAGAUUGAUUGGAAUGCGUUGGCGGAGAAGACAUCGACUGGGAUUUCUAAUGCCAAUGAGUAUCAGAUGCUGUGGCGCCAUUUAGCUUAUCGCCAAUCUUUGCUUGAAACUUUUGAAGAUGGAGCAGGAGCUCAACCUAUGGAUGAUGAUAGUGACUUGGAAUAUGAGUUGGAAGCUUUCCCUACUAUUAGCGGUGAACCUCUAGCUGAGGCUGCAGCAUGCGUGAAGGUGUUGAUUGCAUCUGUAUCAUCAAGUGACUCCAUCCCUUGUGGCUCAACAGUUGAGGCACCUUUGACCAUAAAUAUACCAAAUGGUCAGUCUUCUAGAGCUUUAGAACAAUCAAGUUGUUCCAUGCAAGGGACAAAUAUUACAGUUCCAGUGUCAGUCCAGAAGCAACCUGUUCCUUCAGCAACAAUUGCUGACCAAGAUAUGAAUGGAUUAGCUGGUGGCAACUUGCAGAGGAGGAAGAGAAAACCAUGGUCCGAGGCUGAAGAUUUGGAACUUAUUGCUGCUGUGCAGAAAUGUGGUGAAGGGAAUUGGGCAAAUAUCUUAAGAGGAGACUUCAAGGGCGACCGAACCGCCUCACAGCUUUCUCAGAGGUGGGCCAUUAUUAGAAAGAGACACGGGAACUUGAAUCUGGGAGGCCAAUCAAACGGGACCCAACUUUCUGAGGCACAGCUGGCAGCUCGUCAUGCAGUAUCCCUAGCCCUGAAUAUGCCAGUUAAAAGCCUAACAGCUGGAGCUACGACUACUAAUAACUCAGCUGUUAAAAAUUCCAUCAAUAGCUCAGUCGGGACAAAUGGAACUAAAAGUUCUCUUAUUACCGGUGCUUCUGAAACUUUGACGGGUGUCUGCGGCUUUUUACAAUCACAAAAGCAGGCUCAAGAAAACUUCACAUCAAAACCAUCUCCAGCGGGGUCACUGGGUCCCACAGCAAAACCUCGAUUACCCCUUAAAAAGCCUGUACUGAAAUCUUCUCCAAGUUCAGAUGCAAUGGUAAGAGCCACUGCUGUAGCUGCUGGGGCACGCAUUGCUUCUCCAUCAGAUGCUGCUUCAUUGCUCAAGGCUGCUCAUGCAAAGAAUGCUGUGCAUAUUAUGCCCUCAGGCAGUGGUUCUAUCAAGGCCACCAGUGGCAUGUCCACCCUCUCUGAUGCUCAUCCUAAUGUACACUAUAUCCGUACUGGCCUAGCAUCUGCACCAAUUUCCACAUACUCUGCUGCUACACCUAGUGCUCCAUCCAUUGGUUCAGUUAAAGCCAUUCCACCUGCAGUUCAACAUACUCCAACUAUUAAUGCCCAAUCAGAUGUAUCUUCUAAGCAGAAAAAUGAUGUGAGCUAUACUCCUCCGGUCUGCGAAGUUCCCUCAAAACAAGCGGUUAAGACAGAAGAAAUAGCAAUGUCUGAGUUGGGGCCUGCCACGAAAGAGCAAAUGCAAGGUGAUCGAGCUUGUAUCUCUUCGAAUUCUCUGGGUGAAGCAGUCAAAGAAAAUAAAGUGACAUCACCAGAUUCCAAGGUUGGGGUAAAUGGUACAUCUAGGAGUUUGGUUAGUCCAGUGAACGUGACAUCAUCUUUGAGUGAUCAAGUUAUCGCAGACAUUCAACCGAAAAAUAGGGAAAGUGAGAAGGAUACUGAAAUGAUGAGUUCAGUAGCUGGAGCAGGUGAGAAUGAAGAUGGUGAGAAUCAAAACAUGGAUAAGAUGGAGGAAGAUCCAUCGGUAGCGAAGGCAAAUGCGUGCAGUGAGAAAUUGGAGAUUGUAUGCAAAGAAGCUGGCACCAAGAGUUGAAGGGGGAGUAAAUUGCUCAAAUUAUUGAUUCUUUUUAAUUGAAUAUAUUAGGAGUUGUAUAUUGUAGAUAAGAUGUUAAAGAAUCUUUUGUGGGAGUUGAAGGAUGGAAAGAAGUAUUCGAUUGUGUA